AUAAGACGGCGAUCGUCUCCUCCUCCGGCGGUCCGGCCAAAGUUAGGAAGGUUCCGCCCCGACUUCACUCGCUAUCUCCUGCGCCUGCGCGGCCGGUGCGCGUGCCGGACGUCGUCCCGCAAUCCGGACUCUCCGAAGAAACCAGGAAUUCCGCAAUGUUGUAAUUGAUCAGCGGGUGCGUGGAGAUUCAAAGCUGGAAUUCCGUACGCGCAAAUCACAUUAUCCUCGGAGGGAGCCUUCGGGUUCUGGCGCCAUGGUGAUGCCGAUGGCGAGCGCCGGCGAAGACACGGAAGCGAGGAGGCCACUCCUCACCAGGAAGCGCGAUGACGACGUGGACCUGGGCGACGGCGACGCAUCCUUCGCCGGCGCGGUGUUCAACCUGUCCACCACCAUCGUGGGCGCGGGCAUCAUGGCGCUCCCGGCCACCAUGAAUGUGCUGGGCCUCGUCCCGGGCCUCACGCUGGUCGUGCUCGCCGCCGUGCUCACGGACUCCUCCAUCGAGCUCCUCAUGCGGUUCAGCAACGCCGUGGGCGCCGCGUCCUACGGCGAGGCCAUGGGCGACGCCUUCGGGGCCUUCGGCAGGGGGUUCCUCCAGUUGUGUGUCGUCGUCAACAACGUCGGCGUCAUGGUCGUCUACAUGAUCAUCAUUGGCGAUGUGCUGUCGGGAACUUCUCCUUCUUCGAGCGGCGUCCACCAUCACGGUGUGUUCGAAGGAUGGUUCGGCCACAACCGCUGGAACGGUCGCUUCGCCAUCCUCGCCAUCACCACCCUCGGCGUCUUCACGCCGCUCACAUGCUUCAAGCGCGUCGAUUCACUGAAGUACACUUCGGCCGUGUCGGUCGCGCUGGCCGUGGUGUUCGUCGUGAUCACCGCCGGAAUCGCCGUCAUCAAGUUGACGAGAGGGCAGAUCCCCAUGCCCAAGCUGUUCCCCGACGUCCACGAUUGGGAGUCCAUCUUCAGGAUCUUCACGGCCGCUCCAGUUCUUGUCACCGCCUACAUUUGCCACUACAACGUGCACCCGAUUCACAACGAGCUCAAGGACCCAGCCCAGAUCAAGCCGAUCGUGCGGGCGUCGCUGGUGCUGUGCUCCGUCGUGUACGUCACCACCAGCUUCUUCGGCUUCAUGCUCUUCGGUGAGGACACGCUAGACGACGUGCUCGCCAACUUCGACUCCGACCUCGGUAUCCCCUACGGCUCCGUCUUCAACGACGCCGUCAGGGUCAGCUACGCGCUCCACCUCAUGCUCGUCUUCCCCAUCGUCUUCCACGCGCUCCGCCUCAACAUGGACGGCCUCCUCUUCCCCUCGGCGCGGCCGCUCGCGUGCGACAACCGAAGGUUCGCCGCGCUCACGGCGGCGCUCCUCGCCGUCAUCUUCCUCGCCGCCAACUUCAUCCCCAAUAUCUGGUUAGCCUUCCAGUUCACCGGGGCCACCGCCGCCGUGUCCAUCGCGUACAUCUUCCCGGCCGCCAUGGUGCUCAGGGAUCGUCACGGCAUAGCGAAGAAGAGGGACAAGUUGCUGGCGGUUUUCAUGAUUGUUAUUGCGGCGGUGUCCAACGGAGUGGCCGUGUAUAGCGACGCUUGCUCCUUGUGAUUUGGUGGCAUGCUGGCAUGUGACAUGGCAGCCCCGACGCCGAACGUUGGUCUCCACCAUGGCACUCUGUAUAUUGUAUAGCGGGUGAUGAGAGAUCACUGACUGACUUGAGUUCCUUGUACAAAUUCAAGUGUAUAUAUCUCCGCAGCUCUGCAUCAUGUGUAGAAGUUGAGUAAGGGUUGGAUUCCAAUAUAUACAACUCAUUGUAGUGCCAACACUGCGAAA